AUGUUCUCGGCCUGGAAGAUACCAAUGUUCCUGUCUGUUCUGGAGGACCCUGUGCCCACCGUGGCCUCCUUCAGCGCCGCCAUGCUCAACGCCACCUCGCCGGACGCCGAGCUGAACGGGACCCUCUCCCACAGCCAGGGCUGCCUCUCCAGCGAGUGGCUGGGCCGGCUGAACGCCAUCCAGGCCCCCUUCCUCUGGGUCCUGUUCGCGCUGGCCGCCCUGGAGAACGUCUUCGUCCUGAGCGUGUUCUGCCUGCACAAGAGCCGCUGCACGGUGGCCGAGAUCUACCUGGGCAACCUGGCGGCGGCGGACCUGGUCCUGGCCUGCGGGCUGCCCUUCUGGGCCGUGACCAUCGCCAACAACUUCGACUGGCUCUUCGGGGAGGCGCUGUGCCGCGUGGUCAACACCGCCAUCUACAUGAACCUGUACAGCAGCAUCUGCUUCCUGAUGCUGGUGAGCAUCGACCGCUACCUGGCGCUGGCGAAGACCAUGUCCGUCGGCCGGCUGCGCGGCGUCCGCUGGGCCAAGCUCUACAGCCUGGUGAUCUGGGCGUGCACGCUGCUGCUGAGCUCGCCCAUGCUGGCCUUCCGGACCAUGCGGGAGUACGGGGACGAGGGUCACAACGUCCCCGCCUGCGUCAUCAGCUACCCGUCCCGCGGCUGGGCGGUGUUCACCAACGUGCUGCUCAACUCCGUGGGCUUCCUGCUGCCGCUGGCCGUGGUCACCUUCUGCACGGCGCGGAUCCUGCGGGCGCUGCGCCGCAACGAGAUGCAGAAGUUCAAGGAGAGCCAGACGGAGCGGCGCGCCACGGUGCUGGUGCUGGCCGUGCUGCUGCUGUUCGUGGUCUGCUGGCUGCCCUUCCAGGUCAGCACCCUCCUGGACACGCUGCUGCGCCUGGGCGUGCUGGCCGGCUGCUGGGACGAGCACGUGGUCGACGUGAUCACGCAGGUGGCCUCCUUCGUGGCCUACAGCAACAGCUGCCUCAACCCGCUGGUGUACGUGAUCGUGGGCCAGCGCUUCCGGAAGAAGUCGCGUGAGGUGUACUGGGGGCGGUGCCGCCGGGCGGGGGGCCGGCCCGAGCCCGCCAACGCCGAGAGCUCCGUGGGCACGCUGCGCACCUCCGUCUCCGUGGAGCGCCACAUGCACAAGCUGCGGGACUGGGCGGGGAGCGGGCAGUGA